UUGGUCGAAUCCUACACCAGCAACAACUUACGACCUAUCGCCUCUGUCGCUUCAGCCUCGACUCCAAACCACUCAACGACACCACUACGACGCGAUAGCCCUCUCUGACCUCUUCCAUCAAGGCCAGGCAACCGACCGUUCUCCCCUACUUAGUCGCUUGAAGUCUACCCAUUCUAAUAGAGAAAACCCUCUCUCUGACUACCUCUAUCUCCACCUACCGCUCUCUCUUCAGACGAAGACGCUCGACUUUCUCUUUUCGACGCCCUUGUACUGUGUAUCACCAGGUCUUUACGCGGUACACAGGUUCUCACCUACACCCCACGCCCUCCAAUCCUGGAUAAACAAUCGGAGCCUUGCAUACAACACGUAUCUGUCUGCCUAGGCGUUCUUCGGACAACACGCCGUCUCACCGACAACCACACCUGCGAAGACAGCCCAGUUGUAACUGUCAAUCCAUCCAUCCAUCCAUCCAUCCGCGUCUACACUUUCUCCUAAGAGCGCGCUGUUACGGCCAUGCCUAGCGCAACAGCCUCUGGCUUCGACGGCUCGUCGGGCGGCUCGUCCUCUCGGUCGCGGGAGCACAACCAGGGAAACCAGGACCGCAAAUAUACCCCGGAGCAGAAGGCCGCCGUGCUGCGGAUCCGCCGAUGCAAGGCCACCGCCUUCUACGACAUCCUCGACCUCGAGACCGUGCGCACCACCUGCACCGACUCCGACAUAAAGAAGGCCUACCGCAAGCAGAGCCUGCUGACCCACCCGGACAAGAAUGGCCACGAGCACGCCGACGAGGCCUUCAAGAUGGUGAGCAGAGCUUUCGGCAUCCUCGGCGACAAGGACAAGCGCGAUAAGUACGACCGCUUCGGCACCGACCCGGAUAGCCGGUUCGAGAGCGCCAGGGCCCAGGCGGCCAACCCCUUUGGCGGCUUCGGCAGUCCUCGGGGAGCCGGGCCCGGAGCGGGGUUUGGUGGUGGGGGCAUGUUCGAGGAGGAGAUCAGUCCGGAGGAGAUGUUCCAGCGGUUUUUCGGUGGCGGAUUCGGCGGGCCUUUCGGCGGUUUCGACACGGGCCCACAAUUUGUAUUCAACAUCGGUGGCAACAGGGGUUUCCGCGUACACCAGAUGGCGGGCGGCCACCCGCGAAGGCGUCCCCGUGAGGCUGACGGUCAGCAGCAACCACAGACGGGAUGGGACACGCUGAUUAGUUUACUGCCGGUCCUGUUCCUCUUCCUGUUCCCGCUACUCUCGUCUCUCUUUUCGAGCGGCGAGACGCAGCCGGCGGUGCCGAAGAUGGCGUUCGAGAUGGCGGUUCCGCCGCUGACGCUGCACCGGACGACGCCGAAGCUCGGUGUCGACUACUACGUAGACCCGGCGACGGUGGCGGGCUGGAACGACUAUAAGUUCCGCCAGCUGGAUAAGGAGGCCGAGGUCGGGUUCGUGCGCACGCUGCGACGCCACUGUGACACCGAGGUCCGUACCAAGCGCGAACUCAUCGACAAGGCGCAGGGCUGGUUCUUCCCCGACCCGGAUAAGAUGAAAAUCGCCGACCAGUUCGAGUUGAAAUCGUGCAAGCGACUCGACGCACUCGGCGUGUCGCGGUAGCAGCGACGGGAGCCGCUGUCCGCCUGCUGCGGAAACGCAUAAGGCAGCUACACAUCUGGGCCGUCCCGUAGCUGCUGCUACCGCUUCUGCAGGGACUUGGAAUUCCGUCGGCGUCGUUGUCAUUUGUUGCUUUCAGUCAGUCUCGUCGGCUGGCUUACUCGUUUGGUAGUCGUGAGGUACUAUUAAGCGUGAUGGGUAGUGAGCCAACUCCGGGGUGGCGAGCGGUUUAACUAACUACCUCCACGUCCCGUCUAAUUCGCUUGUCCGCCUCCCUAAUACCUACAUACCUAACCGCUCACCUGGUCACGCUCGGCCUGCUCUAGGUUCUACCUAGAUCGAUUCCUCUACGUAGUUCGCCACCCCAGUGUACGCUCCCGAGAUGGGUGGAGGGGGGAGUCGGGAUGAGAGAUGAGGAAGAGGAGGAGGGGAAAGGGGGGAGUCGGAAAAAGACUUACGUCAACACGCACCUUACGAAGCCGGGAGGGUAGACGCGGAGGGGCAAGG